AUGGGCGCCGACGCGGCGCGCCCUCCCUCACCUCCCUCCGGACCCGCUGGCGUAACGGAAGGGCUUAGCGUCGCCGGCGCGCAACCGAUGGGCGCGGCGACAGCUAACAGCACGCUCAGGUAUGGAUUAACCGUAGAGACACCGAGGUCACCGUCCUACGACACGACAUUGCUAUGGCGAAGGGAUUUAGCCAAGCGGUUACGGCGUCGUUCCAGACCCACGCCGAUCCCAGCUAGACAUCCCAAGGCUGCCGUCAUAGACAGAACUACCGAGAAACGAAAGUCGCUGCAGGAAACUACCAAGGAGGUAAAUAAACCAAUUAUUAAAGCUCAGUCCGUCAGAUCACAUGCGAGCAGUCGCACUGUGAUAGAAGCGCAGCUGUCUCAGGCGGAGCUCGAGGCCAGCGAACGGCUAGCGGAGAUAUCCCGGAGGGAGUUGCAGCUAGAAGCGGACAUGGUACGUAAACGGCUAGACGCCAGAAAACUGCAGAUCCGCGCUAAUGCGGAUAGCGCAGACGAGCACGAAUCUGCUGGUAGCGUGCGGAAUUCGAAUCAAGAUCGAUUAGACGAAUGGCUAGAGAACUCGCGAGACGCGACGUCAAAACCCAUUUGUAAGAGGUUAACCGACGAACCUCUAUCCAAGUACGAGACUCCGAGACGACCUGCGCAGGCGGAGCGGCAUAUUCGAGGCCUCUCACCGGACCGCCAGCGACGCAGGCGAUCGACGACGCCGCCGGCGCGUCGCGAGCGAUCGACGUCGCCACAGCUGGACGCGCGUACUCCGCACACGGCGCACACGCGCGCCACCGAAGGUACUGUAGCAGAGUCCAUGCUGCACCUGUUCGAGAGGAUGCAGAUGGCGGCCCGUCCAGCCCCGAAAGAUAUAUUCGAGCUGCCGCAUUUCUACGGAGACGUCAGCGAGUGGAGAAGUUUCUACAAUACCUACGCAGAGACAUCGAAGCGGUAUAAGUUCACUGACUACGAGAACGUGGCGCGGCUCAGGAUGGCUUUACGCGGGGACGCAAAGACGUGUGUGUCUCACGUGUUAUCGACAGCCACCAGACCCGAUAUGAUCGUGAGAAUACUGAAAAAGCAGUUUGGACGCAGCGAGAGCCUGCUGGGGAUACUACUUCGAUUCCGUGAAUGGGAAUUCGCCGUCACCGCGGACAUACAGGAAAUGUUCCUUCAAAUACAGCUGCGAAGAGAGGAUCGGCAUAGUCAGCUCUUCAUCUGGAGGGGAUCGCGGCGUGACGUGACACCGUGGACGUACCAGCUAAACCGGGUAUGUUUCGGUAACAUCUCUUCUCCUUUUCUCGCACACUCGGUGCGGAAUAGGAAUGCGACGGACAACAAGGAUCGCUAUCCGGACGCGGUCUACGAUAUCCAUAAUAAUCACUACAUGGACGAUUAUGUGGCAUCAUAUGAGACAGAACGGGAACUCAUAUCAACAGCGACACAGGUGAGACUAGCACACGCGGAGGCUAGCUUUCGGCUGCGCAGCUACGCUAGCAACAACGAGUUGUUAAUGCGAAACAUCGAUCCGGAGGAGCGAGCGACGGGACCUUCUCAUCUCGGAGAAAAGCAACAGACCGUCCUCGGAAUGACGUGGGACCCAGAGACGGAUACGCUGGGGUACAACACGAAAAUGCUACGAGUGCCAGACGACGUGAAAAGGUACGAGCGAUCGCCCACUAAAAGGGAACUUUUGAGUGCCGUAAUGUCAGUUUACGACCCAUUAGGCCUCAUAGCGCAGUAUAUGAUAAGCGCUAAGAUCAUAUUCCAACGUGUGUGGACAAAGGGCACGGACUGGGACGAGCGGCUGCCGGCGGAGGAAGCGGAGGACUUUUUCCGGUGGCUGAGGGCACUGAGCGACGUGUCCGCGCUGCGAAUACCCCGACGAUACGCCACGCCCACCGGUGCAGUUAGAAGAGAACUGCAUAUUUUCAGUGAUGCAUCGACCGAGGCCUACAGCGCGGCGGCCUAUUGGCGAGUAUCGAACGACGAGGAGGAAACGCAAGUGAGCUUAGCUAUAGCGAAAAGCCGAGUUUGCCCGCUAAAGGUAAUGACAGUUCCCAGGCUCGAAUUAACCGCAGCAGUCGUCGGCGUGCGGCUGGCGGAGACAAUUUUACGCGAGCAGCGUUAUCCUGUGACAAAGGUGACGUAUUGGACAGAUUCCAUGGUUGUUCUCGGAUGGGUUCGCGAUGACGCGCGAAACUAUCGUCCGUACGUGUCACACCGACUUGCGGAGAUCGCCGAGAAAACAGAUAGAGACGCGUGGAGGUAUGUACCAACCGCUCAGAACCCCGCAGAUCGAGCGACGAGAUGUCAACCAGCGCAGAGCGUGCGCAUCGAGGACGAGUGGUACGAAGGACCGCGCUUUCUCUAUGGACCCGAGACAUCAUGGCCUAGUCACACAUCGAAUCGAACAGACGACCUGCCUGAGAGGAAGGCGAGGCCGUCAACCGCGACAUCACUGGCGAUCAUCUCAGCGAAGCCAGACCCUUCGAGCGUACUGCCAGACGUGAGACGAUUUAGCAGUUACGACAGACUGUUGAACGCGACAGCGAACGUCUUGCUAUUCAUCGAGAAAACGAGAACGAAGAAUAAAGCCUUGCAGCUACAAGUCAGACAUUUGAGAAAGGCAGAACACAUGUGGUUGCAAUACAGUCAACGACGAAGCUUUCCCGAAGAGCUUCGAGCCUUAAGCCAGAAUAGGCUCAUCGAUCGCAAAUCGCGAUUAUACGACCUGGCACCCGAGCUAGGCGAUGACGGCGUGUUACGCAUGAAGACGAGGCUGGGCAGCGCUCCAGUAUUGUACACCGCGCUACAACCGAUAAUACUGGAUAGCCGCGAGCCGUUCACCCGUCUACUCAUCCUGCGAGCUCACCGACGAUCAGCGCACAUUCACAACGAAGCAGUAAUCAACGAACUGCGACAAGAAUAUUGGAUACUACAUCUGCGGCCGACCGUGAAGUCUGUAGCUCGAAACUGCGCGCUAUGCACACUACGACGAGCAACACCGAGAGCGCAGCCCUUAGGCGAUCUCCCGCCCGAGCGACUACAGGCGUAUCAACGUCCCUUCACUCACACCGCACAAGACUACAUGGGACCGAUGUUCGUCACGAUCGGACGGCGCAGAGAAAAACGCUGGGUGUGUCUAUACACGUGCCUAGUGACGCGCGCUAUUCACCUUGAAAGCGUGCACAGUCUUUCAACCGACAGCGCGCUACUAUCACUACGAAGAUUCGCCGCGAGAAGAGGAUGGCCCAGAACGAUGUACAGCGAUAACGCGACGUGCUUCAGGGCGGCGGCGACGGAACUACGUGAGGCGUACCGGCAAUGGCUGCCUGUACUGCAAACUUACGCCACUCAGAACCGAAUGGAGUGGAAAUUCAUCCCACCUGGCAAUCCUUCGGCCGGGGGCGCGUGGGAGCGAAUGAUAAGGACAGUUAAGAUAGCGAUGUCCUACACUUUCAACGAACGAGCACCGAAACCCGAAGUUUUCGAAACUCUACUCGCCGAGAUAGAGAAUAUCGUCAACCGACGACCACUUACACAUGUCAACGUCGAUCCAGACUCCGAAGAAAGUUUGACUCCAGCACACUUUCUACUUCUUCAUAACGCUAACCUACCGAUGAUUGGCGUUUACGACGAGAACGAAAAGAAGCAAUGGAAGAUGGCCCAAGCGCUUGCCGACCACUUUUGGCGGCGCUGGACCAAAGAGUACUUUCCUCUACUGGCACCGAGGAAGUCGUCCCACGACGGAGGGCGGCAACUUCAACCAGGCGAUGUGGUCAUCGUCGCUGAACCCAAUGGUCCACGCAGCGUGUGGCCCCGAGGCGUCGUCGAGACUACCUACCCGGGACCCGAUGGACGGGUCCGCUCCGCUGACAUCAGAACGAGACACGGGACGCUACGCAGGCCCAGCUGCAGGCUGGCGGUCAUCGCGUCGCAACCCAUGCACCAGGAGUCUUCGACUGCGGGGACAAAAUGUUAG